GCUCAUAUUAGACGCGGCCUGUUCUUGGCCGCACACAGCUCGAUGCCGUCUUAGCCCACACACCAGCUCUCUGCACCCACACACCAGCCCUCUGCACCCACACACCUCCUCGACCAGCAGCCAUGUCAGAAACAGGCGCCAUCCCCUACUACUCGUACGCCCUCAACGGCAUCACGCUGGCCAUCGGCUCGGCGCUGAUCUACACGGGCGUGUGGGGCACCUUUGUCAACCCUCUGAGCCUGGCCAAGUUCUUCGGCCUGCCCACGGCGACGCGCGAGAACGUGGUGCUCUUCCCGUCGUCGACGGGCCGCAACCUCGGCGCCGGCAUCUUCGUGUGGAUCCUGACGUUGCUGGGCGAGCGCCGGACGCUGGGCAUCUUCCUGCUGUGCUGGUCGUGGGCCGGCAUCGCCGACACCAAGAUCCUCUAUGAGCACCCCCGCGGCCAGGACAAGUGGAUGCACGUCAGGAACAUCUUGAUCCUGUGGACGCUGGGCCCGCUGCUGAUCCGGUCGGCCGCGUAGUGCGGGCCUGGUUGGGUUUUGAAAACAGAUUUGAGAAAUAUGUCUAGCUACAAAUUAGGUAGUGAGGGCCGAAGC